GGAUUUUUAGAUUCGAAGCAGCACACACACUGGUCACACCCGCCAUGCUGCGAGCGAUAGCGACUAAAAACUUGACAAGCUCCUGCAACAACGGUCAACUAUUUUAACGACCAAAGAAAGACAAAGAGGAUAUUUUUUUUACCAACAGAUCUCCUGGGUGAUAUGGAGUGAAGUAGGAUAAAGAGAGAAUCUAUUCCAGUUGAGACAUAUCAAUGCAAAGCCAUUAAAGAUCUGUGAUGUAAACCAUCCCAUCCUUCACUCCCCUGUUUCCAGCUACUGUGCAAGACAGAAAAAGCAGUUUCAUGAAUCAAUAUUCGCUAGUUGAAGCCAUGACAGACAAAGGAAACUUCACGGUUCCGAAGCUGCUCCCGGAAUCCAACAUGGUGUUCGGAGUUCUAGGUGUGUUCUUGGGUCUACUCCUUGAGGUUUCCACACACGGACCCCACAGCGUUCCCCGGACCUCCUGGAAACACGAAGAGCUCAAUUUGGUGGAGUUUUCUGAGCCAGGAAUCUUCAACUAUUCCACUCUGUUGUUGAGUGAGGAUAAGGAUGUGCUGUAUGUUGGAGCAAGGGAGGCCAUCUUUGAACUCAGCAUGACCAAUGUGUCAAUCAAGAACAACAAGGUUCAAUGGAAGGCCUCUGAAAACCACAUGACGAUGUGCAUCUUAAAAGGAAAAUCUAAAGAGACAGACUGUCUAAACUACAUCCGGGUGUUACAAGUGUUUGACGACAACCGACUGUAUGUCUGUGGGACACAUGCUUUUCAGCCUGUCUGUUACUACCUGUCCCUAAAGGAUUUCAGUCUGGAGGGUUCAGCGGAGGACGGGAGAGGGAAGUGUUCCUUUGACCCAUCUCAGAGCUUCACUACGGUCAUGGUUGAUGGAGAACUUUACUCUGGAACCUCAUAUAACUUCUUAGGAAGUGAGCCGAUCAUCUACAGAUAUUCUCUUUCACAGAGUCUGCGGACAGAGUAUUCAACAUCUUGGCUGAACGAACCCAGUUUUGUUUUUGCUGAUGUCAUCAGAGAGGGGAAGAACAGUGCAGAUGGCGAGGAUGAUAAGAUCUACUACUUCUUUACUGAGGUCUCUGUGGAGUACGAGUUCUUUGGCAAGCUGCUCAUCCCCAGGAUAGCACGCGUCUGUAAGGGUGAUCUGGGAGGCCAGCGGACACUACAGAAGAAAUGGACCAGUUUCCUGAAGGCCAAGCUGGUGUGUUCCAUGCCAGAGCUCAACUUUGUGUUCAACGUGGUUCAUGACGUGUUCAUACUGAAGACUCCUGACUGGAGAGAGACGGUCAUCUACGGAGUGUUCACAUCCCAGUGGGGAAAUGUAGGCCUGUCUGCAGUGUGUGCCUACGACAUGUCGUCAGUUGAAAAGGUGUUCUCCAAUGGGAAGUACAUGCAGAAAGCAACAGUGGAACAGUCUCACACCAAGUGGGUGAGAUACAACGGAAACACCCCCACCCCUCGCCCAGGAGCUUGUAUCAACAACCACAACCGUCUCCAGAACAUCAACAGCUCUCUCCACCUGCCUGAUAAGACACUACAAUUUGUAAAAGACCAUCCCCUACUGGAAGACCCCGUCCUUCCCAUCGGCAACGGGCCCAAACUCAUCACCAAGGACGUCAACUACACCCAGAUCGCUGUGGAGAGGGUGCAGGCGCUGGACAACAACGUAUAUGACGUCAUAUUCACCGGGACCGAUAAAGGAAUCCUGCACAAAUCAGUGGUGUAUGAAGGAGAGGUCCAUACAGUAGAAGAGAUUCAGCUUCUCCACAACUCUGAGCCUAUCAAGACCUUGCUUCUGUCAUCACAAGGGACGAGGUCCCUGUAUGCUGGCUCUGACUCGGGCGUGGUGCAGUCUCCUACUGCGUUCUGUGACAAGUACCCAUCCUGUUCAGACUGUAUCUUGACCCGGGACCCUUACUGUGCCUGGGACCCAGACUCCUCCACCUGUGUCAACAUCUUCCACACCCAGGGCCUCACACACCGGAACUUGAUCCAGAGCCUUAACGGUGAUGCAGACAAGUGUCCCUCAGCGCCAGGUCUCUCUGUGGAAGACUACCAACGUGUGACAGUUAAACCAGGGAGCUCAGCUGAGCUGCCAUGCCUGGUUCAGUCCAACCUGGCCGUGGUGGUCUGGAAGGUGAACGGCAGCACCAUGACCGAGGCCUCCAAGUUCCACCUGAUGGGUGAGACAGGUCUGCUCAUUUACAGCGUGGCCCCAGAGGACCAGGGCCUGUACGAGUGCUGGUCACUGGAGUGGGCCCCUGUUGCAGGGAAGAACUUCAGCCGCCUCCUGGGUGGGUAUGUCCUAGGCCUGGAUGUCCCCAGGAGGCCUUCACCGCGAGGCCACCCCCCUCAGACAGUCACCCUCAGCUCCGCUCACCCCCACCACCAGUCCACCGCUGCCGCUGAAGGUAAUAACGGUAACACCGUGAGACCCCUCCCACUAACUUCAGCCCCUCCCAGCUCCACCGCCCUCACCUCACCACCACCCACUCACAGCGCCUCGCCAUCACUAACCACGCCCCCCAGCAGCAGCACCGCCAGGCUUCAGCCCAAGCUCCUUCCCCCCAGCUCCAGCGACGCCGAUGAGACCCGGGACCCUGCGACAGAGUACCUCCAACACGACAGCAGCAGCACUUUCCUCUUCCUCUUCCUCCUCUUCUUCCUCCUCUUCUUGGCUGCCUUGGUCUACAACUGUUACAUGCAGUACCUACCAGGGCCGUGUCUUCGUCUGCGUGCGGCUCUGUUGGGAAGCCAGAAGAAGCCCCAGCCUGAGUAUUUAGCCUGCGAGGCCGGCCUCAUGGAGCCUGUCACGGUAGAGAAGCUGGACGUAAAGGAUCAGAUCCACCUGAAUCAGAACGGGGCACAGCUCCGAGCCCUGAGAGACACCGGCUACGAGACCGAGCCAGAGUGUAGCAACGGCAGGAUCCCCUGUCGCAGCUACGGGGGGGAAGACAGUCCUUCUAAAGAGAAGCCCUUUGACGUGGACUGUGACUCACAGCCCAUUGAAUAUGCAGACGCGGAUCUAGACGCGUCACCGUACUGAAAGAUACACAUCCCAGCUUCUCUCUUUACUAGUGAAUAUUAAGGCUUGUUAUUUAUAGGGGUACUCUCCCUCGUUGUCUCUCUCUACAUAGUGGGCCUAUAUAUACAAACCUGUGUGUUAUACAUGGGUAAACGUAAGCUCAGUGGCCACCUCUCUUUCAGAAGGACAGACAGAGGCAGAUUACUUCAGUUAUUAGGAGGUCAAGUCACACAUCCCGCUUGCCUUCAGAGAUUCUCUUACUCACUCUACAUACCCCAAGAUCAAUACAAUCUAGGACCUACUAACUAAAUAUUAAAAUCAUAGCCUAAUCUCUGUGCAAACCUGUAACCCUCUCUCUCGGCAUUUUCCAGCAAGAAACGCUGAUUUUUAUUCCAAAUUGGAAACAUUGUUUACCAAAUUGGUAAGUUAACUUGAUGUUUUCCAAAUUGGAGCCUUUUAGUUAUUUUUUUUAUACAAUGCGGGGAAAACUCUUCUAACGCUUGUUAAUUUUUUUCUGAAUGUUCAGUGAAUAAGGCUAUUUGAUAUAGUAGGUCAGCUGCUUUCCAUCCCAACCUCUAGUACGUUCUCCUAUAGAACCUCUAGUACGUUCUCCUAUAGAACCUCUAGUACGUUCUCCUAUAGAACCUCUAGUACGAUCUCCCAUAGAACCUCUAGUACGUUCUCCUAUAGAACCUCUAGUACGUUCUCCUAUAGAACCUCUAGUACGUUCUCCUAUAGAACCUCUAGUACGAUCUCCCAUAGAACCUCUAGUACGAUCUCCCAUAGAACCUCUAGUACGAUCUCCCAUUGAACCUCUAGUACGAUCUCCUCUAGAACCUCUAGUACGAUCUCCCAUUGAACCUCUAGUACGAUCUCCUCUAGAACCUUUAGUACGAUCUCCUCUAGAACCUCUAGUACGAUCUCCUCUAGAACCUCUAGUACGAUCUCCUCUAGAACCUCUAGUACGAUCUCCUCUAGAACCUCUAGUACGAUCUCCCAUAGAACCUCUAGUACGAUCUGUAAAUUCUCAGGGACGGUUCGUUAGUUCGCUCUAAGCCUUGUUCACUACAAUGGGAGGGUGGUGGUUAGAAAAAGGUAUGUGAUAAACAGAUAAAACCACUGGUGGCCAGUGACUGACUGAAGGAAGAGGUGUGGUACGACUGUGGUAUGAGAUCUAUAGAUAUUUAUACAACGGGUGGGUGUAAUCCUGGACGCUGAUUGGUUAAAACCGCAUUCCAACCGGUGUCUAUUCCACAAGU